UAGUGCAAAAUACUAUAUAAAAUAUCAAACAUGCGAAAUUCAUAUUAAUUAUGGCAUUCGUCAAUUUGUGUGACUGCAGAUUCGUUGAAAUUUAGCGGAUAACUUAGUUAUUUUGCCCACCGUUUCCGAAGCAUUUUGUGUUUGGUUUCUGGCAUGAUAGUUCUUUUCCAAGUGUUGGUGAUAGUGUCUACAGAGUGGACGCAAUAAUUAUUCGAGUGAACACCUAUACAGAUAAGUAUCUACGUCUUAGUUGCAUGCAAAAAGAAUACUUUUUUUUUUUUUUAGUACACCAUCUUAUCUCGCUCAAUAGCAAUUUUUCUAAAUACGAUACAAUGGACGCACACUGUAUUGAAAAGAAAAAAAAAAAAAAAAAAAAUCCAUGCACAACUUCACUUUUGCAACGCUCAUAUCGGACAUCUUUGCUCAUAUCGUAAUGGAAGAACUCGAUUACAUCGAUAGCUUUACCUGAUGAGGUACUAAACUGCUCGAAAUCUAUGCCUAUUGUUUGCAUUCACCAGUUGCUUUCUUCCCCUCUAUGUGUUAUCUCGUUUUCAAAACACACUGUUGUAAUUGAACUGCUAUACGCUACUGUUUUUUUUUUUUUUUUUUUGGUCAACAAUUAUCACAUUCAUAUGUAUGCACAAAUGUGUCCACCCGAAUAAAAAAAAAUGUAAUUACCUCAUGUGGAAGCAGUGAAGAGGCGUUGUACAUUGACAAGGCUCCGCAUUUUUGUGGAUCAAUUUAGUUCGAAUGAUUAUUUUCGAGCAAGUGGCAUAGUUUUACGCUAUCUUGUUCGUUUUUCAUCCGAAAUACAUUAUCUACAUUCCGAUGUGAAGUCGGUUGUGUGCAAUAAUUUUCUACUGUUUUGUUUGAGGUGGUUCUAUUUUUUUUUUCUACUCGGGUUUAUCAGUGUGAAACCACUACGCAACUGACUAUUGUAAUAGUCGAUGCCUUAGAUAUGUAUAUAUUAUACUACGUUUUGUCUCUUCGGUGAACACACGCAUAUAUAUCAUCCUAAUAUUCAGGUACUCUGGUAGCUUAACCUGCGUUAGGAGAAUCAAUUUCAUUCCUAUUGUUUGUAGUCAACCGAUAAACAUCUGCUCUGCCAUUGCCUGCGUGUAUAGCUCAUUUGCAUAUUUCCUGCCUGUGCAUUAUUUUUCUUCUACUCGCCAAAAUGGAGAACAAAAAUUCAAAGAUCAAUUCGGACCACGACAUGGAAUACGAGCGUCAACUUCUUGCAUCACCGGAGGAUGACGCCAUUGUCAAUGCAGCCGAAAUCAAGGUUAGCGAGACUUCGGUCGCUGAUAGGAUCAAACGUCCAGCGACAUCCCCGUACACCGGUGAUGACAAGAGACAACGCGUACUCCUUCGUAACCAGCUUAAAAUUGCAAUCAAACGAGAAAACGGCGAUGUGGACGAAACAUAUUUCCGCGCCCUGUGUGGCUACAUUUUCGAUAGACAACAGCAGUUGUCUGGGGAUUUCUACCCUACUUUCUACAACUCAGGGCAUACGCAGGGCCUCGGCUGGUUCAGUGCAUGCGAUGAGAAUAGCCUUUCUUGGUUGAAAACCACAUUGGGUGAAAUCAAAAAUACCGGUGCAAUUAAGGAUUUCUCUGUUUUGCCCUAUGCUCCCAUCACACCGUUGCGUCGAAUAAUUUUAUCUGUUCCGCAUUUUCCGAGACUGGAAAAAGAUGGGGCAGAUAAAAUUAUGAAAAUGAUUACACGGUUGAAUGGGAAUAUAAACACCAACUACUGGAAAGUAAGCAAAAUCUUGCCUCCGGAAAAUGGGAUGCGCUCCAUAAUAAUGGGAAUCGAUGAACAAUCCGUAACUGCACUUGAAAAUCAAGGAUGUAAACUUUUCUAUGGCCUUGGGCAAAUUUCUGUAAAAAUUUAUUCUAAAAUGAAUACUGAAUGAGCUGUAAUCGCAUAUCGUUAAUGACAUUAUUAAAAAAGAAUUGGCUUAUAUGAAUUGAAUAAACAUACAAUUGAAUCAAAAUUUGUGUCUACUUUUUUUUUUUUUUUUCACAAAAAAAAAAAAAAAAAAACGAGAAAACCACUUUGGAAUAAAACUAUUUCAUUACUGAACCUUUAUGGUAACCUUUAUGGUACUUUUAUAUAACAAUUAUUGUAUGUCUACAGCAUAGUUAUAGCGAACGAUUUUGAAUUCGCAAUUAUUACCCAACUAAUUCUCACCUGCAAUGCUCUUAUACAAGCAUUCCGUCAGAAGGUUACAGGGUUAUGAUUGCUGUUUUAUUACCUAGAUAGUCCUCUGCUUAAAUAUAAACAUAGAUUGACUUCUUUCAAGUAGAUAUUUUUGUAAAAUGACAAUAUGAAUCCUUUGUGACUUUUUUUUUUUUUUUUUUUCCUAAAUCACCUUUUCAUCCUUUCACCUAUUCCUUCGCCUGUUCCUGCUCCUUUUUCCUUCUAAUUUCUUCCGGGUAGAUGAUGAAACAGGCUACUCAUAGGGCGAGGCACAAAUCCCCCAAGUCGAGGGGAACGUGCCACCUGAGCCGACGUUCUGAUACCCAUAUU